AUGGACGAGUGUGAACUGAUGGUCCCAGGGCCCUGGUACCACCUGGGAGAAAGGAGAGCCAACCUUUGGUUUUUCGGGAGGCACAGUCCUGAGAUUUUCAGGGAAUUGGCUGGAGGAGAUGGGCAGGAGCCUAAAUGGCAGGCCCAGAGCUCAGAUGGCGGGCAGCUGACUUUUGAGGACGUGUUCGUGUACUUCUCCCAGGAGGAGUGGGGGCUCCUUGAUGAGGCUCAGAGACUCCUGUACCGCCAUGUGAUGCUGGACAACUUUGCCCUCAUGGCCUCGCUGGGGCAUGCACCUCCCAUGUCUCUGGUGGUUGCCCCGCUGGAGCUAGACAGGGAGCACUGGGCCCCUGACUGGGCAGACAGGACUCCAGCUGUGGCAAAAGAGGCUCACAGUGGGUUUGGCCCUGGUUGUUGGUGUGGCGUGGAAAAGGAGGAGGCAUCUUCCCAGCACAGUGUUUCCACAGAAGGAGUGUCACCGGUCAGUACUCCAGAGGCAGGUCUAUCCAUGCACAAGGCACAUUCCUGUGAGAUGUGUGGCCUGGUUUUGAAAGACAUUUUACACCUAGCUGAGCAGCAGGGUACACACCACAGGCAGAAACCAUGUAUGUGUGUGGCAUGUGGGAGACAAUUCUGGCUCAGUGUGCCCCUUCCCCAGCACCGGAAGCAACAGAAUGGAGAGCAACCCUACAGAAGGGAUGAGGGCAGCGCCUCUCUUGUGAAGAGCUUCCAUGCCUACCCAUCAGAGACGCCUUUUAUGUGGGAGGGGGGUUGUAAGGACUUCCCAGCCAGCUCAAAUAUUUUCCAGCACCAGGCCCCUCAGAGUAAGUGGAAGCCACAUGGUAACACCAAGCAUGAGGAGACUGUCCCCAGUGGACAAAAGCAUUACCGAUGCACUGAAUGUGGGAAAGCCUUCAGCCGCAAAGACUCACUUGUUCAGCACCAGAGAGUUCAUACUGGAGAAAGGCCUUAUGAGUGUGGUGAAUGUGGAAAAACCUUCAGCCGCAAACCCAUACUUGCUCAGCAUCAGCGGAUUCACACUGGAGAAAUGCCAUAUGAGUGCGGCAUAUGUGGGAAAGUUUUUAAUCACAGCUCCAACCUCAUUGUUCACCAGAGAGUCCAUACAGGAGCCAGGCCUUACAAGUGCAGUGAGUGUGGGAAAGCCUACAGCCACAAAUCCACACUUGUGCAGCACGAGAGUGUUCACACUGGAGAGAGGCCUUAUGAAUGCAGUGAAUGUGGGAAAUACUUUGGUCACAAGUACAGACUCAUUAAACACUGGAGUGUUCACACUGGGGCAAGGCCUUAUGAGUGCAUCACAUGUGGGAAGUUCUUCAGCCAAAGCUCUGACCUCAUUGCACACCAGAGAGUUCACAAUGGUGAAAGGCCCUAUGUGUGUGAUGAAUGUGGAAAAGCCUUUAGCCACAAACAUGUACUCAUUCAGCACCACAGAAUUCACACUGGAGAAAGGCCGUAUAAGUGCAGUGAAUGUGGGAAAGCCUUCAGGCAGAGACCUUCCCUCAUCCGGCACUGGAAAGUUCACACUGGAAAAAGGCCUUAG